CGGAAGUCGGCUACGGCGCUGAAGACCGGUGUUCUAUCACACGCUGGCCUUCGACCAGCAGCCAUCUUGAGAGUGGCAUAUGCGUAGUUUUGCACCCGCCCGGCCUGGGUCCCACAUCUGACAGAGUAAUGAAUUUCCUCAUAGCGAUGAACCAAACAGCAAUGAUCUUCAGAACAGGAAACAAAUUAAUGGAGACUCGGUAAUUAUUACUCAGCUUGAUGAUGAUACAUUAUCUACUAAAUAUAAUAAAGGAGACUCAAAGCAUAAAAGAUGCUUUGAAGAGAGAUAUGAUGCCGUAUGUUCUUUUUACAACAAACAUAAAAACAUUAUUAAAUAUGUGAUCUAUGGCAUUUUGGUGGCAGGUUUCCUGGCGAUGGUGAUCGCCGCCUGUACUUUGAACUUCAGAAGGGCGCUGGCUCUCUUUGUUCUAACUCUUCUGGUCAUCUUUUUUGUCUGCUGGGAUUUAUUUAUGGACCGUUAUGAAGGCAAAAUUGUCAAGUUCUUCUCCCCUGUUGGUUCUUUUUUAAAAAGACAAUGGUUUUGGUUGAAAUGGAUAGUUUGGAUUUGUCUUAUCGUAGCAGUGAUAUUAUGGCUUGUUUUUGAUACAGCAAAAAUGGGACGCACUCAGCUUAUUUCCUUUGGUGGCCUUGUUAUGUAUAUUCUCCUGAUGCUUAUCUUCUCUAAACAUCCAACUAAGGUUCACUGGAGACAGGUAUUUUGGGGUAUUGGACUACAGUUCCUUCUAGGACUAGUUAUCCUAAGAACAAAGCCAGGAUUCGAUGCAUUUGACUGGCUUGGCAUACAAGUACAGACUUUUCUGGAAUAUUCAAAUACUGGCGCAGAGUUUGUGUUUGGAGAAAAGUAUGUUGAUCACUUUUUCGCUUUUAAGGUUCUACCCAUUGUGAUAUUCUUCAGCACCAUCAUGUCAAUGCUUUACUUCCUUGGUUUUAUGCAGUGGUUGAUUAAGAAGGUUGGUUGGUUAAUGCAAAUUACCAUGGCAACAACUCCUACAGAAUCAUUGGUUGCUGCUGGCAACAUAUUUGUGGGUCAGACUGAAUCGCCCCUUUUGAUAAGGCCAUAUCUGGAACACCUGACAAAAUCUGAAAUACAUGCAGUGAUGUCUGCUGGCUUUGCUACGAUUGCAGGAAGUGUCCUUGGAGCAUAUAUUUCAUUUGGAGUAUCUUCUUCUCACCUGCUGACGGCUUCUGUCAUGUCUGCCCCAGCUUCACUAGCUGUAGCCAAGUUAUUCUGGCCAGAAACUGAACCAGUGAAAAUAAGUAUGAAGGAUGGGCUUAAACUGGAGAAAGGGGAUGCAAGAAAUAUUCUUGAAGCUGCUAGUCAAGGGGCUUCUGCAUCGAUUUCUCUGGUGGCAAACAUAGCAGUGAACCUAAUGGCUUUUCUGUCACUGCUAGCUUUCUUCAAUGCUGUCCUCUCGUGGCUUGGAAAUAUGUUUGACUAUCCACAGCUAAGCUUUGAGAUAAUAUGCUCUUAUGUCUUCAUGCCAUUUUCCUUUAUGAUGGGUGUAGACUGGGAAGAUAGCUUCAUUGUUGGAAAACUCAUAGGGUACAAGACUUUUUUCAAUGAGUUUGUUGCAUAUGAAUACCUUGCUGGACUGAUUACAAAGAGGAAGAAAAAUGGUCCGCUCUUCAUAGAUGGAGUAAAGCAGUAUAUGUCAGUUCGGUCAGAAGUUCUUGCCACCUAUGCUUUGUGUGGAUUUGCAAAUUUUGGCUCCUUGGGAAUAACUAUUGGUGGAUUAUCCUCAAUGGCACCAAGCAGAAGAGGUGACAUUGCAGCAGGUGCCAUUAGAGCGAUGAUCGCGGGUACGGUAGCAUGCUUUAUGACUGCUUGUAUUGCAGGAAUUUUAACUCCACCAGUUGCACAGAUCAUGUGCAGAGAUGUGUUAGACAGCGUCUUCCUUAAUUCAACAAACUUGCCUGCUAGCACACCGGAGAUUACUGACUGCUGCACAACAUUCUAUUCAUGGGUUGUUGCUGAAAGUCCAACAAAUGUUACCAUUGGAGGCAACUAUAGCCUUAGUACAUUAUCUGGAUGCUGUCGGCUUAUUGAUUCACCGUCCUUCAAUUGUACUUGGUUUUCUGCAGUUCCUUAGACUUGACUUUACUGUAGAAUUACAAUUUCUACAAAUGCAUUAAAGGGUAUUCCACUUUUGAACACCAUUAUACAGUCUUACUUCAUAAAAAGUUAAGUAUAAUUGUAAAUACUUUGUCCCAAACAUACUAUACUUGUAACUGUGCCAGGAUUUUGGGUCAGUUAGCACAAAAAAUCAGCUUCUGACACAUUUACUAUGCAUUUUCAAAACAUUUUUGACAUUUUUCAAAAGCCUGGCCUCGAUUAAAGGGACCACGGCUUAGGUGGAGAGGGGUGUGACUAUUGACCAAAUUCUGGUGCAUGUUUAAGUUAUCUAAUAGUUGUUCCAAAACUUAAACUAGACAGGAUUCAGAUGUGUCAAUUUAUCAGUCAGCAUGAUACACUAUGAUAAAUCUGGCACAUAGACAAUUUAGAAAAUCUUGCCCAUUGUGUUUGUUUCCUUCCACAGUUUCUAUGUUACAGCUGGAAUUAUAGUCCAGAGCUGCAAUAAAUAAUUCUAAUAAUUCCUUUUGGAACCUGUCAAAAGCUUGUGGUCAGGAACAAUACAAUGAAAGGAGAACUGCAGCAUAAGUCAGGGGUGCCCGGGCAGCAAAAACAUAAAAAACUAACUUUAAC